GGCUGCGCUGUGCUUGUUACUCUGUAAUGAAUGUUUUCCGUCUGCGCCAACUUGAACUCGGGCGUGUCUCGAACGUCAACUCAACUCCGAUCGACGCCAAGCGCAGUCUCCAGAAGUUAAGUGAACGACAAGACUGCGGCGAAUGACUCAACUCUUGUUCAUACUUUGAAGUAGUAUAUACUCUACUGCCACUACUAUUGAAGGCCAACGCUUUCGCACUGAACUGACCAGCUGCUUUGAGUUGCCUCGUCGACCUCGGCGGUUUCGCUGCCGUGCAGCAAUAUCCCCCUCGACAUGGCGACCCUCGCAGACGAACUACUCAACGACUUUGAAGAUUCCGGCUCUGAGAAGGAAGGGACUACGAAUGACUUACAAAAUGGCGAUGACGGCCAUGGUCACCUCCUUGACAACGGUCUUCCGGAGGGAACCCUGAUAGACGAUGCCGAUGGCGAGGAUGAGCACAUGGCGGAGGAAGAAGAGAGGCACGCUGCAGAUGCCGCCGCUGGAGCGGAAUUGCAGGCCCUGGACGAUGAGGACGAUGCGAAAGCCCGAGUUGAAAAGAUGCGACUAGGCGGCGUCCGGGACGUGAGGAGCAUAGCAGGUCUGAUGAAGACUCUGCAGCCAGUUCUCGAGCGGCCACAGUCCUGACGGUUCGUCCUAUCUCAGAAAAUCUCCCAUUACCAGAACAUCCCGCCGGAUCAGAGAACAACUACCGUGGGAUCUAUCGAAGACAAUCCGGAAUACCAUCUCCUAACCCAAGCAAACUCUCUCUCAACGCAGAUCGACAGCGAAAUCAUGCUCGUCCAUAAAUUCAUUCGAGACCAUUACUCGGCACGCUUCCCUGAACUAGAAACGCUUGUGACCAACCCGAUAGACUACGCCAAAACCGUCGCUAUCAUUAGAAAUGGACCUCUAGAGAAUAUCAAGGCGCUGGCCGAUUCCUCCGACAACCUAGUCGGGCAGCCUCUUCGCUCUGUCUUGGAUGGUCCUACGUUGAUGGUGGUGACGGUUGAAGCGACCACCACGCGUGGUCAUGAACUCAGUGAAGCGGAACUGCAAACGACGUUGCGUGCAUGCGAGAUGACUCUACAACUAGACCGGGCCAAGAAGGUUCUGACUGAAUAUGUUCAGUCACGGAUGAAUGUGUUUGCCCCGAAUCUUACUGCGCUUAUUGGCUCUCUUACAGCAGCCCAAUUACUGAACUAUGCCGGCGGUCUGAAAGGUCUCGCCAAAACACCCGAUCGAAAUAUCCCAGCCAUGGGCUCGAGAAAACAGAGGCAGAGUGGGCUGGCAACCAAUGUUGGCAUACGGCAGCAAGGAUUUCUGUACCACUCACCACUCAUCCAAAGCAUCCCCAACGAUCUGAAGGUCCAGGCUAUGCGUAUUGUGUCGGCCAAACUCGUCCUAGCAGCACGCGUUGACAGUGUACACCAAUCUCCCGAUGGUUCUACAGGCGAGCAGCUACGUGAUGACUGUUUGAGGCGGCUGGACAAAUUGACCGAACCUCCUCCAAACCGUGGGCCUCGUGCCCUUCCUGCACCGGAUGACAAGCCCAGCCGCAAACGAGGCGGUCGAAGAGCUCGUAAAGCCAAGGAGGCUACUGCUAUGACGGAACUGAGGAAACAGCAGAACCGGAUGGCAUUUGGCAAGGAAGAAAAGGAAGUGGGCUAUGGCACUGGUGAAGGCACUGCCGGGCUUGGAAUGAUUGGCAUGCAGAACGACGGUCGGAUUCGAGCGACGCAAAUCGACCGGCGCACAAUGGCUAAAUUGAGCAAGAAGAAUCCCGGCUGGGGUGGCUCCGGUACCGCAACUUCUCUCAACAGCGGCAUGAACACUUCCUUGAAAGGAUUCGGGACUUCUUUGGGAGGCAAUGCUACAACUUUGCGUGCUCAGGGACUUCGAACAACCGGCGUGGGUGCGGGAACGGCUAGUUCGAUCGCUUUCACGCCUGUCCAAGGCCUGGAGUUAGUCGAUCCAAAGGUCCAAGCCGAGUUGAAACGAAAGCGGGAGGCCGAGAGUGCCGGAUAUUUCUCCAGUGGCACUUUUACCCAAAUUGGCGGAGGCAAGACAGAAGGCGGCUUCAAAGUGCCACAAUUGCCUGCAGCCAAGAAGGUGAACAUGGGCCCGCCUCCAACACCGGGGAAAUAGUCGAUGCGGGGGUAUCACAAACCUGUUAUUCGAGAACUGUGUGCAGUAGUCUCCGGGUGCAGGACACAUUGUUCAAAACGAAGGUAUGCGGUGCAACAACAGCUGUCACCACCAUUCCACUUGAAGCUACCUCGGACACACAAUCGGAUCGAAAGAAAGCCGUGCGAAUGCAGACUUGCUCGCCGGACAGAUGACACACUCAAGGCCACCCCCGUCACGGCUAUAGGCACCAAGGCCAAACAAGCCUAUUUCAUUGAGAUCUUGGCCUGUUUUCCGAUGGUUAACGAAGGGCUUCAGACACCGGCCCUGCGGCGUUCCUGCUCGCUCGAAUGGAUAUAGAGACGGAAAGGUUUCAAAAGUUCGAGUGUUGACUCCGGCCCAUUUUAUUAUCGAACCUUGAUCAGCAAAUGUGAGUGAUAAUGCGCAUGGCACAUCGGUGCAAACAAACACAAUCAGGGUGGCAGGAGAACCAGGAGGGAUGCAGCCCUGGCAAGUUGAAAAGUCAGUCCGUCACUACCCCAACAGUAUUAUCUUAGUCUGGCCUUCGUGUGAAAAUGGCAGGGCACGAUAUCACUUAAGGGUGCUCCAAGUUUCCUGCGUUGUCCCUCAACUGCAAUGGACUAAGGAAAAGGGGUUUGCAAUUCAACUUUUCCCUGGUCAACAGCACAUCAAGUUGGAGAUUGUAGCCGGGUCGAAUAUCAUAUGUUGAUUGCCGUCGGCCCGCCAGUCCUCGUUUAUGACUUCCGAGGGGUUUUAUGUCUCCAGCCAGGGGACUAACUCAGCGUUAUUUCCUGCGCGAGCAGCACAGGACAAGUCAGGCCAAGUCCCAUCUGAUUGAGAUAGAAAGGACUACCUAUGGCCUCAAACUUUCCUUCCCUGCCUUUCAAGCUGAUACGCACUACAUUAACUAAUCAAUUCUUCAAUUAAUUAAUUAUUAGUACUAGUCCUAAUUUACGCUUUCGAAGUCUGGAAAGGACCGACCUCAGCUCUCAUCAUGUUGUUCACAACG